GGAGCGCGCAGCGCGGCCCCCACCAUGUCCAAGCACGUGUUUCUCACGGGACCCCCAGGGGUUGGAAAGACUACUUUGAUACAGAAAGUCACUCAAGCUCUAAAAUCCUCAGGCAUUCCUAUUGAUGGAUUUUACACACAGGAGGUYAGAGAAGGUGGCAGGAGAACAGGAUUUGAUGUUGUCACUCUGUCUGGAAACCGAGGACCUUUAUCUAGAGUCAGUUCUGAUUCUUCUGCUUCAAGACGUGAAUAUCGGGUCGGACAAUAUGUUGUAGACCUUGUUUCGUUUGAGCAGUUGGUUCUACCUAUGCUGAGAAAUGUAAAUCAUGGGGGUGAUACAGAGAAGAGAAUUUGUGUCAUAGAUGAGAUUGGUAAAAUGGAGCUCUUCAGCCAGGCUUUUAUUCAAGCUGUUCGUCAAAUUCUGGCUGGCUCAGAGACUGUGGUGCUUGGAACUAUUCCAAUACCUAAGGGAAAGCCACUGGAUCUUGUUGAAGAAAUAAGAAGUAGGAAAGAUGUUAAAGUGUUCAAUGUUAGUAAGGAAAACAGAAACAGCAUUUUGCAAGACGUCUUGGCAGCUGUGGAAUCCUGCAGAAAAUGAAGACCUUUUCUUUCCUGUAAACACUAAAGCUUUUAUUUCAACAAAACAUUACGACAUUUU